AUGGAGCCAAUUCGCCCACCACAAAAUAUCGUCAUCGUCGGUGCCGGCAUCGCCGGUAUCUCGUGUGCACUGUCUAUAUCUCGGGAAUUGACUCCUUUCGUACCGGAUCUGAAAAUUACCGUUUACGAACGUCACGAUGUACUCUCCACGUCUGGUGGUGCCAUUAAUUUGACCCCCGUUGCCCAACGACAUCUGGCCCUGUUGGGCGUGUUAGCUGAGUUGGAUCGGAUGGGUCCCGAGGGCGGAGCAGAUGUCGAUGCCAUUGAGCUCUUCUCCAUGCGUUCUGGACGCGGGAUCGGUGCCAUCAAUUUCACAGAUAACCAAGGAAAAGGAUUUGGUGGUUACAAGGGCCGACGAGUGAUGCGGAUUGCCCUUUCCGUGGCUAUGAUGACCGUUGCGGAGCGGACGCAAAACAUCGAGAUUGUCUUCGGCAAGAAAGUCGUCGGUGGCGAGGAAUUCGCCGAUAGAGCCGUUGUCAAAUUCGAUGAUAGCACAGAGGCUGUGGGUGACUUGGUCAUUGGCUGUGAUGGUGUUCACUCGGCGGUUCGGACCCAGUUUGUGGACGUGGGCCGAUCGGCUGAGUACACGGGCUUGUCGUUUUUGCAGGCGACGAUUGAUACGGAUUCACUUACUUCGCGUCCUCACUUCCGCACAUCAUCGCUGAAUAUCUCGCGUCAUGGCUCAAUGCUGGCGAGCUACUGUGACCGUGAUAAUGAACAGAUCUUCGCUGCUGCCAUCGUUCAAUUUAGUCGCGAAGCACUGACCCGCUAUCGACUUCAGCCUGGUCAGGAUUGGGGUACGCAGCACAGAAUUCGCGCUGCGCUUCGCGAGGAGAUCAGAAGCCGAUUCCGCAAGUGUAAUAUUCCUUGUAUCAAAGAAAUGAUCGAGAGUAAAGCGGAUUGGAUGCUUUAUCCCGUAUAUCAAGUUCCCAUAGGAGGACGUUGGUGCAUGAAUCGAGUCAUCUUGCUGGGCGAUGCAGCACACGCGAUGCCCCCACGUGAUGAAUCCGCUGCAUAUGCACUGGACGACGCAAUUUUGUUCUCUCGAAUCCUGGCAAGCUAUCGUUCAGAGCCUCUAGCCGAAGUAUUUGACGCAUACGAGACUCUCCGUCGCGAUACAAUCAACCACGCGUUCAAAGAGUCCCGUCGUAUGUGGGAACGAAACCGCGAAAUGGGAUUGCUCGAGGGCCGACUGAAGGAGUGGAUGAUGUCAUUCCAUAUCAAAAGCAACGAACACGCACGGGAGACCGCAUGGGCCUUCGAUGCCACUAAAAUGGCCCUCCCCACACCGGCACCCAGCGAAGACCUGGUUUCGUUGAAUUCGUUUUUGAGAGAUCGCACCCUAUGA